AUGGAGAACCAUUUAUCAAACGACCGCAUAAUAUCUUAUCAUAGAAAUAAAUUAGAUUACAUAGAAUCUCCAGAAAAUAGCUUAUAGUUUGCAUUUGGAGAUCGUCGAUAUGAAAAAAUGGCAAGAUAAUUAGUAUAAGAAACUGAUAUUUUAAAAUUAAAAAUAUUAACAGAAAUCAAUGAAGACUUUAGAAGAUCAGAUUUUAUAAAUUUGGCAUUAUUAAGUAGCGAUAUAUUGGAAGUUUUAAUAAAGCAUUUUUAAGAUAAAUCAUAAAAUAUAAGGGAGUUAGCUUCUCGUUCUAUUGUUUAAGUAUGCUCUCUUAAUUAUGGGAGAGAUAGAAUUAUUGAAAAAGCACAUAUUCAUAAUAUUUGUUCUUUAAUAGAUGAUAAUGUUUCUUAAAUAAGAACUAAUUCAUAUAAUGCAAUGCUAAAUUUGGCCGAAUAUAGAAUAGGAGCUGAACAUAUUUUGAUAGCUGAAAAAUUACCACUUUUUGUGGACAAAUUAAUAGAAGAAAAAGAAGAAAGCAUAUUAAUAUAAGUAUUGUAGUUAAUAAAAAAGUUACUUGAAGGUGAAGGCGGAACUGAUAUCAUUUUAUAAACUGAAGCAAUUUAAAGACUAACUAACCAUUUAGAACAUAGAAAUUAAAAAGUAUUUUUUUGUUUUUUGGAAAUAUAAAAUAAUUGUAUUAUUUUUUAUUUAUUUUUAUUAAAAAAAAAGAUUAGAGAACUUUCGGCUAUUAAUUUAGCUUGUAUUAGUUUUUUGGAAACAGGAAAAAUCAAAGAAAUGGAACUUAAUUGUGUAUUGCCUUUAUGUUAAAAAUUAGAAGACUAGUAAAGUUCAGUCAGAGAAGCUGCUAGUAUCUGUUUAGCUUCUUUAGCUUAAAAAAACUAAGCGAAAUUUUAAGUUAUUUUUUUUAAUUUAAUUAUUUUAUUAUUUUAUAAAAAAGAUGAUCCCUCUCUUUAGACUAAACUUAAUAUUAUUUAAUUAAUUGCUUCUAUUUCUGAACAUCCAGUAGGAAGAAAAAUUGCUCAUGAAUGUUUACCAAAGUUAGAAUAACUUAAAGAAGAUAAAGAUAAUGAAUAUUUAGUUCCUUAUAUUUUAUAAACUGUUGAAGUUAUUACAUGGGUUCCUUGA